UCAGAACUACCUCCACAAAGCUAGCAGUAUCGCCGCCAUAACAACAUAAAAUGACUUACAGGUUACGAGUGUUACGACACAUGCAACAGCGUCAGCGUGUACUAUAAUGUCAUACUGAUAUGCCGGACGCCGGUACUCGGUAGUGAUUAUUGAUUUUUCAUCAGUUGUAUUCCUAGAAUUGUAUUUCGUAUUCCAAUAUUGCGUGUUGGUAAUGCUCAUUUAUUCGUUGUAAAUUAAUUACUUCGUCUUGGUAUCGCCGGACGCCUAACGUUAACACAAAGGAAAACAAACCACGAUUUUGAAUUCUCACUACAUAGAAUUUUAUUCGUUGUUCAAACAACAAGAUGUCAGUCGACUAGCUGCUACCUAGACUCCAGAAUAGGUAGACUCAAAAAUAAUGGCAUAAUCGCUAAGUGAUAACGUUGUUGUUGAAAGGCGAAAAUCCUAUCGACGGUCAUCCAUUUCUCUUUUUAAAGUUUGUUAAUAUACUUUUCUACCAUUUGCUAUCAUGUCUAAUGAUCUGUCCAGAAACUCCCAUGACAAUGAACCAAGCACUUCGGGUGUCUCCACACGUUAUAGCAGCUCGCCUGAAAUAACCAAUAGUUCAAACAGCGAUCGAGACUUCAAAAAUGUCAAAAUCCAAGAUAUUGUAAAUUCAAAAAAAAAAAAAAAAAAAAAAUUAGAAUCUGAUUCCUGUUUAUCUGAUAUUAGUAUCAUUAAAAAUUCUAAAGAAAAUCUUGAUAAGUAUCCAAAUAAUCCUACAUCUAAAGUUGUUUAUAAUGCUAAUGGUAAUAUGGGUGAAAAUUCAAGAACUGAAAAUAAUUCAAUUCAAAAUCAAACUCCAACGGUAUCAAGUCAUAAAAUAAAUGAUAAUAGCUCAAGUAGUAAAAUGGAAAUUGAUAUAAAUGUAAUUCCUAGUGAUCACAGUGAUGAAGAAUAUAACAAGAAUUUGGAAGGUACUUCUAAAACUUAUAUGGUUCCUAAUAUAUUAAGAUCAGCUUUAUCUCACAAAAGAAUUAAAACUUCGUCCAAAAGUUUACUACCUCCUUCUAAUUCUUACCGUGAUCAUAAAUCUCCUCAUGAUUCUGAACCAGAAUUUAAAGAUACAGCAUUUAUAAUAGUUCCAUCUAUUACAGAAAAAGUUGAUCCAGCUUAUAGCUAUAUUGUAUCCGAUAGCAAAAUACAAAAUUAUAUAAAAGAAGCAAAAAUGAUGGAAGCUGAUAAUAUUGUAGAUGCCUAUGAUUCGUCAGAAAUAGAUGAAAUUAUCAAUGAUGAAAUUAUCUUAGGUACACGUUACUAUUUAGUGAAAUGGAAAAAAUGGUCUAAAGGAUUUAAUACAUGGGAACGUUAUGGUGCUUUGUAUAAGUCACAAAAAAUCUUACAUGAAUAUAUUCAAAAUAAAAAACAAUACGGAAAUAAAUUUAAACAUUCCAUAAAUGGAUUGCUACUUUUACUCUCUAGAAAAAUGAUAACUAAAUUAUUUGAUUUAUUCAGAACUGAGACUGGCUUAUCUCUACCAGCAUAUUUACCUGAAAAUAUAAAUGGCUUAUUCAAUUCUCUUGAUGUCGGUCCUCCACGCUCUCAACGUUUAAAAAAUAAGUGUUUUCAAUCGUUUUUGGCUACAAUUUCUUUGGGUUAUUUAAGACAACAACAAUUGGUCAAACUUAAACAAUGGGAGAUCGACAUUAAUGUAGUGACUCAAGGUUAUCAAAUUAAAGUAGAAAAUAAUAUUGACCUUGAAGGACCACCAAAUGUAUUUGUAUAUAUUACAGAGUAUGUUCCUCUACCCACCAUUACUAUACCGGAUGAUCCUCCUAUUGGUUGUACUUGUAAAAAAAAUUGUCAAACUGCUGCUGAUCAAUGUUGUUAUGAAAUGUCGGGAUGCUCAAAAGCUUAUGAUAGAAAUAAGAAUAUUAUUGUAUCUCCAGGUAAUCCAGUAUUUGAGUGUAAUAAAAAAUGUAAAUGCUCGUCUUUGUGCCCUAAUAGGGUGGUUCAACUUGGUAGCAAAGUAAAUGUUUGUAUUUAUAAAACAAGAAGAUGUGGCUGGGGGGUUAAAACUACCCAAAACAUUCAGAAAGGUCAAUUUGUAGCUAGAUAUAUCGGUGAAAUUAUUACAGUUGAAGAAUCCGAAGAACGAUUAAAAAAUAACUAUUCUAUGAUGGACUAUAUGUGGAACUUGGACUUUGAUGAUCCACAGAAUUAUAAAUAUAUCAUUGAUGGUACACAUUUUGCUAAUUUCACAUAUUUUAUAAAUCAUUCAUGUAACGCAAACUUAGACGUUUAUGCAGUAUGGAUUAAUUGUCUUGAUAGAAAUCUUCCACAGAUAGCGUUAUUUGCUAAUAGGUACAUUUCAGCUGGUGAACAACUCACUGCUAAUUAUUUUUCCAGGAGUACUAGAAAUUCUGAAAAAAGAGAUGGCGUUAGAUGUAAAUGCGAUAUGAAAAACUGUCAUGGCUAUUAUUUUUAGGAAUACAAAAAUUAACUUUUAUUUGUAUUUAACUUAUUCCUUAUAUUUAUUAGUUUAAUGC